AUGGUGAGUGAGUUUAAUGUCUAUUUUAAUCAGAAAUACCGAUGAUAUUCUCUGCUUUUAAAUUCCCAGGUUGAACCUUUAUCUGGUGGCUUGACAGGACGCCCUAGGAAAAACGUCUGGAUCAAAGCAAGACAGUAACGUUGGACUAGUAUACUUGCAUUACAGCUAGAAAGCUCUGACAACGCCACAACAUUCUUAGAUUGUUCAAUACUAUGCAAAUUAAUGAGGCUAAUAUGUUUGUAGUAACAUGGUUGUAGCAAAACCUGUGACCAUGGUACCGCCUGUCUAGAGGUCCAAACAGCAGUCUGUCUGAGACGGAAAUGUAAAGCCUUAGUCAAAAAAAAGAAAAAAGGUUUCUGGAUGAUUGUCGUGAUAAUUGAAAUGUAAUAGUAGUGUUUUCUAUACGUGAGUUAAUGUUGGCACCCCCUCCCUCAGACAGCGACCCUGCGCCCAUACUUGAAUGCUGUGCGUGCCACACUGCAGGCCGCCCUCUGUCUGGAGAACUUCUCCUCUCAGGUAGUGGAACGCCACAACAAACCAGAGGUGGAGGUCAGGUGAGUUGUGUGUGAAAGUGUCUCUCUCUCUCUCCCCUCAUGAUGACGACAUUAAUGUUAUUUGUGACACUGUCUUUCCUCAUUACAGGAGUAGUAAAGAGCUCCUACUACAGCCUGUGGUGAUCAGCCGCAAUGACAAGGAAAAGGUCCUAAUCGAGGGCUCCAUCAACUCUGUGCGAGUCAGCAUUGCUGUGAAGCAGGUCAGGGAAUAUGACCCGUCUUUUCACUUUCAAUGUCACCCUUCCAUUAUCUUGAUGUUGUGUGUUUGUUUGCAGAAAUCAAGUCUUUCAUAUAGAUUUGAAAGCCAUCAGUUGUAAUCAAUAAGGAAACAAAAAAAGUGUGUUUAAUGCAAAUGCUGAUUAGUGCACUGUGAUUGGCUCCAUCAGGCUGAUGAGAUUGAGAAGAUCCUGUGCCACAAGUUCAUGCGCUUCAUGAUGAUGAGAGCGGAGAACUUCUUCAUUCUCAGGAGGAAAGCGGUUGAGGUGAUAAAUUAGAAUCAACUCAGACGUUCAUGUUUUAAACUGGGGUUGAAGGAACCAGUGAGAUUCAUAACAGGAAAGAAAACAGAGGCAGAAAGAGGAAAUGAUUCAAUUGGUGUUGUUGGUAUUGCUGUUGUUGGACUUGAUAAUAUUUUUUAUUCCUUCUCUCUUUCUUCGUCCAUCUCUUCAUCCUGUCAUGUAGGGCUAUGACAUCAGUUUCCUCAUCACCAACUUCCACACAGAGCAGAUGUACAAGCACAAGCUGGUGGACUUCGUCAUCACCUUCAUGGAGGAGAUCGACAAGGAGAUCAGCGAGAUGAAGCUGUCUGUCAAUGCCCGUGCCCGUAUCGUAGCGGAGGAGUUCCUCAAGAAUGUAAGACUGCUAUGUGUUGAAGCAAAACCAUCUACAUUUAUAGAAAUAUGGUCAAAUCAGUGGGACUAUUGGAACAGUAUUAUGAUGCUUGUCAAUGCCUUCCUUUUGUUGCAGUUCUGAGUUGGUGUCCUCUCAUCCCUCUCACUGAUCACAUGACUUAGCCAUCACCAUGGAUCUGUGAGACAGGGCAGGCUCAAGGGUCCGAUAGCAGGAAGAGGGUUGAGAAGCGUACUGUAAGUGAACAACCAAUCAGCGAGGAAUAACAUAGAAAGUAACCAAUCCAGUGUGGGUGUGUGGCACCCAACUGUGUCUCACAAGUAUUUCCCUGUACUAUACAUAAAUAUUGAUGACUGUAUAUAAUUAAUUAUUUUCUAAUAUCAUUUUCUGCCUCUUAGAGCAAAUCUCAAAACCAAGGCGGGUCCUUAAAAGUAUUAACCAGGUUGAUAUUCAUGAUUACCGGGACAAUGAGAAUGUGUUGUUGCAACUGAAACAGCCUGUGUUGUUUUUAUACAUUCUGUGUCUUUAUGUACUCUUGUUUGUCUAUUUGUUGUAUAGUUUUUUGUUACAACAAAGAAAAUGUAACCUGUUCAGUACGAUCAUCAUGGACAUAAAAAAAAGAAAGAUGUAUGUUUACAUUUUAUUACAAGACAUCACAGAUUUAUUGAACUGUCCUAAAUAAACCAUGUUUGAAAUGAUAAUGAUGAAUUAUAUAAUCACCAAUAAAACUCAUGACAGCUUGUUUGUA